AUGCUCGAGGACGAAGAAAACCUCGACCUUGAUCUACAAAGCCGCUACGCACAAUUCAGGGAGGCUACGCAGCCUGCUCUCGAUGGUGCUGCUGACCUUUGGCAGUCCUACACUGCACGCACAUCAGACUUGGCCUUCCAGCUUUGCGAGCAACUUCGCUUGAUCCUGAGUCCUACUCAUGCUACACGUAUGAAAGGUGACUACCGCACGGGCAAGCGACUCAACAUGCGUCAGAUCAUCCCAUUCAUUGCUUCAGACUUCGCCAAGGACAAGAUUUGGCUGCGCAGGACAAAGCCGAGCGCCAGAAGAUACCAGGUUCUUCUCUCAAUCGAUGACAGCAAGAGUAUGGCUCACAGCCGCACUGCGCAUCUGGCGAUGCAAACGGUCACGCUCCUGUCCAGCGCUUUGACGAAGCUGGAGGUUGGUGACAUCUCCAUCUGCCGCUUCGGUCGACACAUGGACAUCCUGCACGGGUUUGGCGAGCAAAGCUUUUCCCGUCACGAUGGAGCUCGCAUGAUCUCAUCCAUGUCUUUUGGGCAACGCAGCACCGACGUGCUCAAAUUGCUGCAGUCCAGUCUUUCCUACUUGGCUGAUGCUCGCUCGAAUCAAUCCACGUCUGGGACCGGGGAAUUAUGGCAGCUUCAGAUCAUCGUGUCUGAUGGAAUGUGCGAAGAUCACGAUCGCCUUCGCUGUCUACUUCGCCAAGCCAACGAGAACCGAGUUGUAGUUGUCUUUGUCAUUCUCGAUGCGCUCAACGACCCGGCUCCCGCUGGCGCUGCAGAGUCGGCAUCACAACCGCAACAGCAGCAGCGGUCCUCCAUCCUGAGCAUGAACCGAGUCAGCUACCAAUCGGACUCUCAAGGCAAGAUGGAACUGAAGAUGGAACGCUACCUCGACACAUUUCCGUUCGACAACUUCGUCAUCGUCCGUGACGUCCAGUCUCUACCCGAUGUCCUCAGCGCUACGCUACGCCAGUGGGCCGAGAGAGUGAACGCAGCGUGA